UCAAUAGUUCGUGUAGACCAUGGUUGCUUUAUCUAACCGGCCAUGUUUCACAAUUUUCAAAUUUGUUGAAAUGUCACUUGUCAAAAAUAAACAUUGAGAAAAAACACAAUUACAAAAUAAAAUGAUACACUUUGUGUAAAAUUAUCAUCAAUAAUGUCUUUGAAAGCGUGCCCCCUGUGCCAGAAAAAACUGUCCUUGAAACAAGUCAACUACAAUUUGGCUGUCUACAUAUGCGAGGACUUGAAGUGCAAAUACCCGGUCGGUUAUGACUGCAUUGUUGUUGAACGCAAAUUGGAAAAUAUGCACGAAAAUCCCACUGAAAAUGAGGAUUUGGACGAUUGGAUUGAGGACGUUGUUGACUUGGUUGAAAACGAAUCAAAAUCUGAUGAAAAUAGCACGAGAAACGACUCAAACGACUGGAUCGAUAACCUUGUGGAGGAAGCUGUGAAAGACGCGAAAAAAGUCACAAAUGAGGUAACCGGGAAUUACGACGCUAAUGACUUUGACGAGAUUUUAAAUUUGAUAUGUGGGUGAAAAAAAAUACGAUCUAACUUGUAUUAUUUAUUUGUGAAACAAAUCUAUGGUUAACAUUUGGAAAAAAUAAAAAAUGCACUAUAAAAUCACA